GAGACGACCACUGUUCUGUAAAAGCGACUUCGUGCCAAAUGAGAGUGAAUUAAAAACUUUAUCUGACGGAUUUUCAAAAGUGCUGAACUUGGUGCAGUUCUUAAAGCGGCCGCUAGAGGAAGCGCAACUGAGAUUGACUCGGAACUCACAGGAAUGAGCUUCUCUAGAAAUCCUGUCCUUUAAGCAAUGGUCGCAGUCUGACUUUUGAAAACCUACAGUUGGACAUUUGAGGAAGUUUCACUAAAGUUUCAGAAUGGCUGACUACAACACCGAACCACCAGCACCUAGCAAACUCGGCCAAGUUCAGGAUCAGGUCAAUGAUGUUAAAGUCAUUCUCAAAGACAACAUCAACAAAGUCCUGGAGAGAGGAGAGCGGUUAGACGACCUGAUCGGCAAAACAGAUGAUCUGCAGGCCACGGCUGACUCAUUUCAAAGGACGUCCACGCGUGUUGCCAGAAAGAUGUGGUGGAGAAACACCAAGAUGAUGAUUAUAAUUGGUGUGGUAGUGCUUGCCAUCAUCAUUUUAAUCAUCCUGUUAGCAACAAAAGUCAUUCCCACCUAAUACAACCCAGACAUACAUUUCAGUCAUUUGCAUUCAUAAAAUACACACACACACACACACACACUAAGAAUUAAUGACUUUUUUACUAUGAAAGUAACUGGAUACAUUUAUGUAUAGAUAAAUAACUAUUUUUGUUAUAUUGACAUUUUCUGUGAUAUUCUAUAGAAAUCUGGGUUAAAUAUGUCAGGGGUGUAUACAUAUGCAUUAUGUGGUUUUUACUGCUUUGGGUUUUUACUCGUAUACUGGGACUGAAAUCAACAGAAUUGAUUGUAAGUGAAAAAUGUUUCAGGAUGUUUUUAUUGUUAGUAGUCUUCCUUCGAGACUCACCGCUGUGCUUGACACAUUCAUUCCAAAGACAUCAAAACUAUUUUAAUUCUAUUUACAUUUCAUUACAAACCUGCAUACCUCCAGCAGACCUUCAUUACGGCGCUACAGCUGUGAAUUGUUAUAUGACUGAGACUCAUGAUUCCUGGAACAUUUCUCAUGCUUUAAUUACUGUGAAAUCACUCUGUGCUCAUGAAACUGAUUUUAUAACUUGACAAAGUGCAUAGUCUGGACUGAGUUGAAUUUAGAGCGUUUGUUCUUUGUAUCUUUACAUUUAAAUUCAAACCCUUAUAAUGUAUGAGUCAGUCUUUGUCAAGAGGAUGUAUGGCCUGUAUAGAUAUGGGAAAUACUGAUUGACAUGUACUUAUUGUGUAAAAAUAAUUGCAUGAUAGAAUGAAGCCUUUAAAGGAACAGUUCACCCAAAAGUGAAUUACUUUUCUACUGGAAACAAUAUAAUGAAAGAGAAUCUAGACUAUCACACUCCAAAAUGAGCACCAUAUAAAUAUAGUCCUUAUUACUCUGACCAAAUGGUGUAGGAUUUACUUUAAACAAUUUACAAUUUCUAUUAAAUUUCAUGAAUAAUUACAAACGUUAAGUAACACUGAAUUUAACAAGUAGAAAGACUGAAAUAGAAUUUUAUUGUAAAAUGUAAUUUAGAAAAUAUAAUGGUAACACAUUAUGUAUAAUGCAUUAUAAAUGUAUUCAUAAUGUGCAUUGUAAUGCAUUUGAUCUUUUCAUAAACAAUUGCAACCAAAGUGAAAAUGCAUUAUUAUUUGAAGGGUGUUUUAAGCUUUACACUUUCUGAAGGUGAAUAACUGUGGUUGCAAUUAUUCAUGAGACCAUAUGAUUCAUUAUAAGGUGCAUUUCUAAUGCAUUAAAACUACUUUUAUAGUGCAUGAUAAAUUGUGCUUGCAAUCCAG